AUGGAGGCAAUAAAGAUAAAGGUGGAUGAUUUGCCUGAUAUUUUCAAAAACUACACGGAUUUUGAGAACUACAUUCCUGUUCCCGAUGUGUCACCUUGUCUACCAUUCAUUAACAGUCAUUCCAACAAUGUUGUAAUUGCUGUUUUCAAUAGCCUGGUGUGCUUCCUCGCUGUGACAGGGAACAUUAUCGUAAUGACUGUCCUACUUUAUAAUCAACAGACCAUCUCAUCCACAGAUAUCUACCUGCUUCAUCUGGCAGUGGCUGACCUGCUCUUUGCCAUGACCUUGCCUUUUUGGGCAGUGGAUGCUGUAUCCGGCUGGGUGUUUGGUGAUACCAUGUGUAAAAUCAUCAGCAUGUUACAGGAAGUUAACUUCUACAGUGGGAUUUUAUUGCUAGCUUGUAUCAGUAUUGAUCGCUAUCUGUCCAUUGUCCAUGCCACACUAGCCCACAAACAGAAGAGACCAUUUCUAAUUAAGCUGAUUUGUGCUACUGUUUGGGGGUUAGCCAUUGCUUUGUCUUUACCUAUUCUGUUCAAAGGUGAAUAUAAACCCGAGGGCUUCAACAGAAUUAUAUGUCAUGAGCUGCUUGAUGGUGCAUCAGCUGAAAAAUGGAGAGUGAUCACUCGGCUUUUGAGGCAUGUAAUUGGAUUUCUUAUCCCAUUGGCCGUCAUGGUUUUCUGCUACAGUGUGACGAUUUGGAAACUGUGUCAAACUAGGGGGUUUCUGAAACAUAAAGCCAUGAAAGUUAUCAUCGUGGUGGUGUUGGCUUUUCUCAUUUGUUGGUUCCCACACAAUAUCACUGUGUUCAUUGACACACUGAUGAGGAGCAAACUCAUUGCUGAGACUUGUAACUUCCGCAAUAAUGUCGACCAGGCUCUGUCUGCAACUCAGAUCUUGGGGUUUCUGCACAGUUGCAUUAAUCCAAUCUUAUACGCAUUCAUUGGGGUGAAAUUCAGGAGUAACCUGAUCAAACUCCUGGUUUCAAAAGGAAUCAUUGAACAAAAUGAAAAAUCACAUGAAAGAUCGAUACCCAUCUCUGUCUCUGAAUUCACUUCAGUCAACAUAUAG